AUGGCAUCAGAAGGGCCAGCCUUCCGCGGAGAAAAGGAGCGAUUGGGAAUCUACAGUAUGGAGCGAGGUCAUUUUGAAACCUCUCGAGUCUCGGACAACGAGACAUGUUUGAACGUCUUGGCCUCCUCCGCAUUUCUGAAAGGUAAGACCAAAGAGGCAAGGGAGCAAUAUCAGAUCGUCAUGGAAGAUGUUGUGGCCUCUCGGCGCUCUGUGGUCAACAUCAUCCCUGGCGAGGCUUAUCCUGGGAACUUCUCUGGCUUUGUCGUCCUCUUUGCCACAGCUGAAACUGCUGGAAGGAAUUACUUCAAGGAGGUUUGGCAAUCCAUGCGCUUUUUGAGCCUGAUUCCCCGACGGUUCUACUACACGACCUUCGCCAAUGGCGUCAUAACCUACAGCUUGUUCUUUCCCGCUGGAGUUGAGAAGCAGGUCGAACGCCUGAAGCGGUCUUUGCUCUACUCAACACUCUUGAAGGCGACUCCAAACAAUUCUGCUUUGGUCUAUGACAACGUGAUGCAAUCUCGCAUUUCUCACGAAUGUGGUUUGUACUUGCUGGCUGCAGUCAAAUUUGUUUACGACUUCUUCCCGAAGGAGCAGUAUGCACCAGAGUACAUUUCAGUGCACAAGGUGCUGGAACAUGAUCCAGCAAGCCAGCGCAAACUGGAAACCCUGUACAAGCUUUGUAUCAAGGACCUUCUGUCCACUGAACGCAUCUAUCAGCUGGUCCAGAGGUACACAGACUUAUCAAGGCUGUUCUUCGAAGACUUCUCGAAGAUCGCUCUGGGAGAAGUGGAGCCCAGGUUCAACACAGAGAUCAGUCAAGUGAUUGAUCGUACGUGUGCAGACCCGCAAGAUCGUCAAAUCCUAAAGAUGUUCCUCACCUUCAACCACAGCAUUCUUUUGACGAACUUCUUCAAGGAGCCAACUCCAGGUGCGCUCUCAUUCCGUUUGGACCCGGCCAUCGCCCUCAAAGACCGCCCAACCUCUUUGUACCCCGAGAUACCGUAUGGCAUCUAUUUGAUUUGCGGCCGCGAUUUCAUGGGCUUCCAUACUCGCUUUCGAGAUGUCUCGCGCGGCGGCAUCAGGCUUGUGCUCUCCCGAGACAAGAACACCUACGAACGAAACUUUGCUACUCUCUUUGAGGAGUGCUACAACUUGGCGUUUACGCAGCAGUACAAGAACAAGGACUGCUUGGGCAUUGAGGUAGUGGUUGAUCGAAGGUCUUUGGGGAAUUGUGUGCAGCACAUGGCAGAAGACGGUUGUUUGAGACAGAAGAUCUACAGUUUACAACGAGUACUUUGGGAGGAAGAGUAA